CUACACAACAACAUCAGAGAGCCGCUUAUUGAUCACUCUCAACCAUCAGUAGUGCCAUUGACGAAGAAGUUUAUCAUGGCACUCAUCUUCUCUCUCACAACACCGCUCGGCAUGGCGAUCGGGAUUGGAGUUCUGCAGAGUUUCAACGGCAACGACCCCACGACGAUUAUUGUAAUUGGAAGUUUUGAUGCUGUGUCGGCUGGUAUUCUUAUCUGGAUUGGUGUGGCGGAGAUGUUGGCUUCGGAUUGGAUUUAUGAUGGACCCAUGGGUAACGCGGGUCUACUCCAGACGUGCGUUGCGUUGUUCGGCUUGGUUGCUGGUAUGGCUCUCAUGAGCUUCCUAGGAAGAUGGGCCUAGUAUGUUAGAUGCAUGUCGCGGAAUUGAUGGUCACAGGCAUCGGAUGGUUAGGAGAGUCGUGUGGCGCGAGUGAGACGCGGCUGUGACGCGGACAGGCCCUGGCUAGA